AUUCUAGUGGUUGCUUUUCUUGUUGGCCGUCCCCUCCUCCGCUAGAACAGCUGCUCGGCCAAGGUACCUUACUCAGAGUAUCUCAAACUCACGGCGGAUUUAAUCUUUUUGUUUUCGAGUUACGAAUUCGAGUCGAUCCUUUUUGUUUGUUUUCUUAAACAAUCUGACCGACCUUGACACAAUCCAGCUUUUUGACCGACCAGCCAAACCCACAAACGUCGACCCCGGCGGCGACAUUCGUUUUUGCCUGACACACCCACUAAGGUCCCCAGCACAAACACAGCGAGCCUCUCUCUUCUCUCUGCACUUCGACUCCACAAUCCGCACCUUCGACCCAAAAACCCCCCCGUCAUCUCCUCCCUACCGCAGCGCCCGAGCGUCCAAUCCUCCGAAAUCGAAAUUCUUCCCGAUCAAUUCGGGGACCAGAGACAGAGCAAUACCAGUUAAGGGACGCCAGGGGAAGAGAAAAAAGGGAACAGAAACCGAAAGAGCCGCAGCCGCAAGGGAGAUACGCGACUAGAAAGCGGACAACAACAAAGGCCAACCCAGCCCACUGUCGGCCCUACCAACGACAUUUGCCAUCCUCAAUUGCUACUUUUACGUCAGAAUACAAUAAGGGCUAUUUUGUGCUUGAUAGAACCGUCCGCUCAGCUUUAAACAAUGGUGGUUGCAACGAUUAAAUGCGUUGUCGUCGGCGACGGUGCCGUCGGUAAAACAUGUCUCCUUAUCAGCUACACAACAAACAAGUUUCCGUCCGAAUACGUGCCGACCGUGUUCGACAACUACGCAGUGACGGUAAUGAUCGGGGACGAGCCGUACACACUGGGACUUUUCGAUACGGCAGGACAAGAAGAUUACGACAGACUGCGACCCCUAUCAUACCCACAAACCGACGUUUUUCUCGUAUGCUUCAGCGUCACAUCGCCAGCUUCGUUUGAGAACGUAAGGGAGAAGUGGUUCCCUGAGGUUCACCACCACUGCCCCGGCGUGCCCUGCCUCAUUGUCGGUACACAGGUUGAUCUGAGGGAUGACCCCAGCGUCCGGGAGAAGCUGAGCAAGCAGAAGAUGCAACCAGUGCGGAGGGAGGAUGGUGAGCGGAUGGCUAAAGAACUCGGUGCCGUUAAGUACGUCGAGUGCAGUGCUCUAACGCAGUACAAGUUGAAGGAUGUCUUUGAUGAGGCAAUCGUUGCUGCCCUAGAGCCACCGACACCCAAGAGGAAAUCCAAAAAGUGCCUGAUCCUUUGAGAGGCCGAUUCUGUUGUGUCCAUGGAAGACUUGCAGCAGUUGGCUUUGUUUUGGCACAAAGUUUGGAGGCUGGCGCAGACAUGACCAAUUGAGUUCUUGGGGUAAACAAGAACAAUGGACUCUCGCGGGUUUCUGGGUUUCCUCAUUAUGGGAUAUUUCAAGCCUCGGGACUUUACUGGUGGCAAUGGCGAGUUUCUUGAAUCACCCGCCAAUCUGGAAAUGGAUGGGUUCCAAGAGCACGUGCCAUAGUUCUCUUUUGCAACGGUUACGAGUGUCGUUAUCCAAAACAGAACAACCAGCAAGCAAGCAGGCUGUAACGGAUGCCAAUGUGUGGGACGAAGUAAUCCAAGUACGCCUUUGUUCGACUUUCUGUCAGAUCAAGUAGCGGUACGAUGGACUCGUGGCAACGCGGCACAUGGCCUACUGUUGACGGUAAAGCGGUCAUCUACCUGGCAUUUGGUUUCCCUUUGUUCUUCAGAGCAUCAAGUAUUGAGCUGCAUCUCCCCUCAAAGGCUUGUCUUUUUUUCACUAUGAUUUUUAUUUCUACAUCAUUUUUUAUUGGUCCCAGCCCUUUUGAAUCUAUGCCUUUUGCUUUUUUUUUCUUCCCCUUUUUACAAAACUUGUUUUUUUUGUACAUGGGAUUAUCAUAAGAAAAAACUUAAGUCAAGGAAGCUUUUGAUAGGACAGUGCUGGCGAUCUGGGGUGCAAUUCAAAUGUUAUUUGUUCAUUUUUAUUGUUCAUUUCUAUUCUUUCUUUCUCUUCUUUCUCUUCCUACUCUUCUACUCAGGCUUUCAGUAUCGAACUCUACUCGAGCCGAAGCUUGUUGACAGAAAGGCAGCCAUUUUGUGGCAACUCGAAAAUAUACCCCCUCCUCCUCUUUGGUCCCUUUUCUCCAAUGAAUCAAUCAAUCAACCACAAGCUCUUCGGAUCCUUCAAAUAAAACAAAAGAAAAAACAAAAUAUAAAAAUAUAAAAAAAAAACUCCUUCUAUUACGGG